UCCUGCAUGUCCAGCGCCCACCAUGUGGCCCCUGGUCCUGCUGUGGGGCUGCCUUUUGCUCCCAGGUUAUGGAGCCGUGCUGGGCCCCAAGGAGAUCAUUGCGUAUGAAGGCGACACAGUGUCCCUGCAGUGCACCUACCAGGAGGAGCUGAGGGCACGCCAGAAAUACUGGUGCAAGGAGAAGGGGUUCUUCCUGUCCCGCUGCUCGGGUACUGUCUAUGCGGGAGAAAAUGGCCAGGAGACAAGAGAGGACAGGGUGUCCAUCCAAGACAGCCCCCAGACGCUCACGCUCCACGUGACCCUGAGGAAUCUCACCCUGCAGGACACCGGGAAGUACUUCUGUGGGUUCUCCAAACUGGGCCGAGAUGAGUCUUUCCUGGUCUCUCUGCUUGUCUUCCCAGGUCCCUGCUGGCCUCCCUCCCCCACUCCCUCCUUCCAGCCUCUUACUACAAGGAGCCUCCAGCCCAAGGCAAAAGCUUGGCAAACUGAGCCCCCAGAAUUGACUUCUCCUGGUCUCCACCAAACAGUCACCACAACCAAGCAGGGGAAGACAGGGGCCGAGGCCUCUCCGUUCACGGGGACCCUGUACGGACACGCAGGAACCUCCCCAGACCCAGGAACCUCUCUGUACGCGGGGACCUCUCCUCAUGAAGCAACCUCUCCUCAUGCAGGGACAUCCCGUCCAUUCACACAGCUGGACUCCACCUCCGCAGAGGACACCCAUCUGCCCCCCAGCAGCAGCAGCUCCAUGUCCAGGGUCUCCAUCCCAAAGAUCCGCAUCUUGGCCCCGGGCCUGGUGCUGCUGGCCCUCCUCCUGGCCACAGGCCUGGUGGCCCUCGGCAGCUAUCUGCUCCGCUGGAGGAAGGAAGCUCAACUGGACGCAGAGACACAGAGGAACGAGAAGGUCCAACUCUCACACUUGGCGCUGGAGCACACCAUGAUCAACCUCGAAGCGCCCCCUGGGCCCCACGCCAGCCCCAGCCCCUGCGCAGAAACCCAGGGCCUCAGCCAGACUUCAGAGGAAGAGGAAGCCCCUUCCCAGGACCCGGAGGGGGACAUGAUCCCAGGGCCUCCCCUCCACAUGUCUGGGGAGGAGCUCAGCUUCUCGAAGUUUGUAUCAGUCUAGCGGUGCCCUCCAGGCCGGCCGGCCGGGAAUCUGAAUGGCUGCAUUUGCGCUAACUCCCAUAAGCUUUCCUUGACAGCUUCAGAGCUUGCCUGCCAGACUCCGGGCUCUCCCCCGCCAUCCCCAGGCCCUCCUCCUGCAUGCCCAGCCUGACCCGGAAGUCUUUGUCAGCCCCGGGGCCUGCAGUGGUGGCCUCACAGAAUGAGUGGGACCCUGGGACCUCCUCGGUAUGUGCACAUUGGGGCAGGGCGUGCAGCUGGAGCUCCCAGAGCCAGGCAAGGCUCAGGAGAUCUGGUCUGAGUUUGUAUCCACUACAAGAAAUCCCCUGCGGCCGGGUGCCCAGCAAAAGACCUUCACCUUCUUCUCCCUUCCUUCCAUCCUGACUCAGCAUCACUUUCUCCUGCAUAAGUGGGCGAGGAGGAGGAGCAUGCUGGGAAUAGACGGGGUUCUGAGUUCUCAAAAUGGGACUGCUUCCCAGUCCUUCGGGAGGCUGGUUAAAAAUGUGACUCCUGGGCUCUACCAAGACCUACCAAAACCCUCUCUGGGGCUGGACCCACAGCUUUGCAUUUCUAACAAGUGUCCGAUGACUCUAAUACUUGAAUUUGAGAAGCAGUAGAUUCAGGUUCAUCCACGUUAGAGUCUGCAUUUGGUGUGUGGGGUCUCCCACCUGCCCCCCCCCCCCCAUAGGGGCUUCUCUGCCUAAGACACCAUGACCCAGCUAGGGGCUUUCCUGGGCCGGUCCGAGUCCAGGCCCAGGUCAGGUGUGCAUUGGAAAGGGGUGAGCCCAGGACUGACGGAGGGGUUACAUUUCCCAGCUCCCCACCCAGCCCUGCAUCCCAGGCUUUGGAAGGAGGCCAGAGAAAAGCUUGGCUCCUUCCCUGUUGAGAAAGGGUUAAUUGCCUGUGGGUUGGGGUUAGGGAGGAGUAGGAAAGCACAGGGUGCGGGUGGGCAUCUAAAAGGCAGGAGAGAGAGGACAGGGCAGGAACCUAGGAGGAACCUGAAGGUGACUCUGAGUCUGGCCCCCUGGAGAUCAGGAAGCAGGAGGGGGUAGAAUAACAGGAUUGCUAUUUUUUUCUUUUUUGACUUUCUUUAAAAAGUGAAAUGGGUGGUUGCUCAGUAUACAAAAGUUAGAAACAUGGCGGGGAGGAGAAGAAAAUUCACUCAGGCUCACCAUUCCCCCAGAUAAUCACAGCUGCGUUUUGUUGCAUUUCCUUCCUGUUUUUUUUACUCCACAUCAUUUGCUGG